ACCAUUAUGAUUAGAAGAUUCUGCGUUAUCAUGGCAACUAUUUAUGCAAUGCGAAUAAUCACCGUCUUGUCUACGGCGUUGCCCGUUUUACCACCGCCAAGCGAGUGCUCUACAAUAGAAUUGGACACCCCUGCUAAAAGACUAAAGGUCGCACUCUUAGUUUGGAUGAAGUCGGGAUCCCGGUUAAGCGGUAUCAAGAUGUGCGGUGACUACAUGUUCAGUGGCCACGUGACUUCUCUAACCGUUUUAAAUCUUUUUAUAAUAGAAUAUUCGCCAGGUAGGUUAUUUCCUAUACGAUUGUUGUCAACAGCUAUCAACAUUACAGGCUCUGUAUUGAUGGUAAUAGGAAGGGGACAUUAUACUGUCGAUGUCGUCAUCGCGAUCAUCCUCGUCUUCGUAGUCUUUCAUUAUUACCAUUCACAAGCAAGCAUUUACGUCCUAACGAAGAGCAGCGAGAAGCUACGAUGGUUUCCGUUCUUUUAUUAUUUUGAACGUAACGUUUGCCGAAAGGUUCCGAAUGAGUACGAGAUUCCCCGAAUCUUGGAUGCGCUUCGCAGUAUUACAAGCAAAAUAAUGGGCAAAAGGCAGCAGUGAAUUGAUAAUUCAUUUUUUUUAUCGUACAAACCAGUGCCUCGUGUUUCCAACGAUGUAAGUUAAGGGAAACCAUUUAAAGUGGAUACUCACCAUGGCGAUAAGAUGGUUUUAAUUCAAAGAGAAAAAUGUUUUUAAAAAAAUAUUGGUGAAGGCUUGAGGAAAAUCCGUUAAUAUAAUAGGAGAGUUACGGAAUAAAAUCUGUUUUAAUAUGUGACGCCGUAUUCGAGUGGCUCCCACAUACAUCAUGUAAUAUAAAUUUGAUUAGCAUGUUUUUACUAAAGGUAAGGGAUGUCAAAUGAUGUGUUUAGUAAUAUAUAUCCGCCUCAAAAAUCAAAUCACUUUCACAUGACAUAUGGAGGAGCUGCAUGCCCCUUCCUUAACAUGCAUGUCUUGUCACAUUUCUUUUUUCUUAACAAAAAUCUAGCGAAUUUCUUUUAAAACUGUUUAAAACCCCAAACCAAAUAAAAACAGACGCGAGAUAGAAAUAUUGCAAAUAAAUAUACAUUUAUAUAAUAAAAAUACAGAAAAGCAACAUAUCGGUGGUGUAUUCCUGUUCAUGUUCGUGUUUAUUCUUUUAAAAAAUUUUACCUAUUUACUAUUCAAUUUCCCAAAGCUAUAUUUCCGGUGUGUCUAUAGUUUGACUCAAACAAUUGUUAGUCAAAUAUUAUGCUAUAGAUUGGCUUGUCCUUUUAUUACUAUUUUUUUCAUUAUAAAGGCUGCAUUAUGUAUAAUUGCUUCGUAAUUACGGUAACUGCUGGGUAAAUAUCCAAGUAGUUUUUUGGUAUUGAGUACUAAAGGCCCGGUUCCACUGCACUUACGGAUGCAAAGGGGAUGUAAAACGGAAAAGAAUCUGGCCAUCCGUUGAAAAACGUUAUGUAUCCGUAUCUUUGCAUACGUGUUUAAUACGCUUUGUAUCCAUCGAGCAUUCGUCCACUGUGAUUUCAAUGUUCGCCCAUUUUGUAAAUUAUCUGGAGCGGAUGAAAACGGAUGGAGCCACCCCGAAAUUUUGCUUGUCCCCUGUACCCGUUUUGAAUACGGUUUGUGUCCGUCGGCCUGUAGUAGGACAAGGCCUAAAGGCCUGGUCACGCCGCCCGAGCGUUGUUGGAGCGGAGGUGGAGCGGUAGGGAAAGAGGGUCGAAUU